ACAAAGAUGGCGAAUGCGGACUGAUGUGCAAUCGUCUGCUUUGUCAAAGUCGAAAAGGAUGGAUUUUCUCUUCAUGGCGUUUAUAUAUACUUUAAUUUUUGUUACCCUAUCAUAUUUAGUUUUUUUUGGAAGUACUGACUUUCAUCGAACUGGUUUAGUAGGUUUUCUACGAAGAAAAUUGUUUUCAGUGAGUGUCUUGUCUUUUUGUGUAGCUCUUCUGCGCCUACAUAUAGCUGAAGUUAAGUCUUUUUUUAACGCUAAGCAAAACUAAUCAAUUAUCAUUGAAAUAAGCAAUUGCGGAAUUGUGUCAGAUAUGCCUUUGUUGGUUGAGUAAGCACGUAGAUGUCUUUGUCCAUGAAAUUAAAGCAAUGUUAUUUAUCUUUAAUUUAGGUUGCCCAUUUAACGAAGUCUACUUUUGAAAAGUGCGUUCCAGCAGCUUUAACUGGCAUCAUAAGAAGUGCUACAACUUAUCUCUUGUUUAAAAGGUAUGCUAAGUUAUUUUAAAGGCUUUGAUUUAGGAGCAAGGUAUUGUUUGAUUUUUAAAAGUCGCGUGACAAGUCAGUCGCCUGACAUGAGGGUAACAGCUUCCUUGUUCUUAACACCUGUCUGCAGAGUAUGGCAGAUGCGUGCUCAAUUUUCUUCCUGUCUUACUUAAACGUACAUUCCACGUGGCAGAAUCCCUUUUGCAUGCAUGAGAUCUCGACGAGUUCUGCCGUACUGUCUGCAGACUGCAGUCUCAUUCUAAUAUCAAUCCGUCCUCUCUCCACUUCCCUUUGACGCCACACACGUUAUAACACUUACAUUUGAAAAAUUACAAGCCUAUUACCAUCUGGUAGGAAACUUGAACUGUUUUUUGUAGUGGAUGUUGCUGUAUUUUUUCUCCAGACUUUUUACCCGUUAGAUAAUGAAUUUUAUCAAAUGAGUCAACAGUGGGAAUUGGUAGAGAAGUUCUAAAGCUGACAUUUAGAGUGUUUUGAAUUGAUAACUUUGUAAACUUUCAUUUCAGAUAAUUUAAUUUUGUCUCUUUCUAGAAAUCCUUGUAUUCAGCUUCUUUAUGGCUUCCUUAUGAGUGGAGGGACUGCUAUCUACAGCUUCAAAGUCAUUCCUUACUUUGACAAAAUGAAUACAUUUAGCAUUGUUACAUAUAUUCUUAUAGCCAUCAAUGUGGUGCUGUUUUGGGUUUGUUGUACACAUGAUCCUGGUGUGAUAAAAGUGACAAAUCACACUGAGUACAUGAAUGACUAUAACCCUGAUGGUGUAUAUUACACAACACAAGAGUGUUCUACAUGCAAGUUUAUUAAGCCAGCAAGAUCAAAACAUUGCUGUAAGUACAUUAAUUGUUGAUAUGUACUUAACUAUUACCUCCCAGUAGUCUCUUUAAAACAUCAAAUUCAAGCCAGGUUGUUAUUAAUUAUUUGACACUAUCUGAAACUACAUACAGGUGCCAAAAGAGUGUGUGGGAGAUGUGGUGGCCUGGAUGCUAGCAUGCUGGACUCUGGGUUAAGAGGUUCAGCCAUGCAUGUUGAUUGGCUGUAAAACUUAAUACCAACCAAUAUCUGUGAAAAAAAAAAGAGUUCAAGUCUGCUUUUGAACCAAAAGGUCUAAGAACAAAGGAAUUGAUCACCAUUAUCUAGGGUGGGGGGCAUUGGGAUUUUCACUUUUGCAGUUUUGACUAUUUUUAAGAUUGGUUUUUCAAUUGUUGUGUCAAAAAACUUCAGUUUUUCAGUUUUGGUGUUCAUGCAGUUUGCAUAUUUUCCAUUUUUUAGUAUUUGGUUUUCGGUUUUUGUGAAAAAUUCUAAUAGGUUUUCAGAUUUAAUAUCUAUGUGGUUUUUGGUUUUUCCUAUUUGGGUUCCAUUUUCAUCUGAGUGGCAAUUAUGGGCCUCUAGUGAUCUGGAAUAGUUGCAAAACCUCUGUAUGCUCCACUUGUCACCACUGUUGUGGAUUGAUUAGGAUUUUGACAACUGGGAUGUGAAAAUUUAUCGGUUUUGAUGGUUUUGCAUAGGGUUUUUGGCUUUUGAUCAAAUUUUUUUUUGGUUUUGCAAUUUUGGAUGAAUUUUUUCUAUGGUUUUGCAUUUUCUAAUGACCCCAGUGCCCUCACCCCCUCUUUUUAAGAGGCUCUUGACUGUUUGAAACAAAUUCUCCCCAUGUAUGACAAGAAAUGUAGAGAGGAAAGUUUGGAGAAUAACCAUAUUGAUGUCAAGGUGUAGGGAGUUGAGUGUCUUACCUAAGAUCACAACAACAUGACAGGGUAAGGGUUUGAAUCAACACCUCUUCACCUGGAGUCCAGCUUGCUCAGCAUUAGGCCAUCUAUGAUGGCAACAGCAGCCUGUUUGUGUAGAUAACAAUGAGAUUUUGAGUACAAUUUUGUGUUAAUAAGUGCAAGUAAAUUUUUCAAAGACAACUAAACUUACUUAUGCUUAUUGACACCACAUUGCACUCAAAAUCAUGUUGUCACUUUAUAAUGAUUUAUGUGAAAAAAAGCAUUACAGAAUAUCUACAUGGACAAAAUUUUUACAUAAAAUUUUUAUUGUUUGCACUCCUGUUAAGACUUUGCACUCAAGUUACAUGAAAAAUGCACUCAUUUUCAGCUUAUCAGACAUGUGCAAUUUUUUCUUGUAUAUUAUUACAAAUUGAAAGAAAACCCUGUUUAACCCUUUAACUCCCAUGGGAGACCAAGACAGAGUUUCUCCUUACAAUAUCAAUACAAUACCAGGCAGACAAGUGAUGAGAAUAAAGAAAAAUAUCAAUUAGGGGAUCAUAAGUUGAUCAAAUGCCAAAUUCUCAAAAUCAACAUAACAAGAAUUGUAUAGCAGACUGUAAGGAGGAUUUCUAAUGAGAUCUUGGGAGUUAAAGGGUUAAUACAGCCUGACAUCACCCCAGUUAUGCUUUUACUCAUUGACAUGUUCUGGUGACUCUAUUAUUUUAUUUCAACAGCUCUAUGUGAUGUGUGUGUGAGUCGUUUUGACCAUCACUGCUCCUGGGUGAACAACUGCAUUGGAAAGAAAAACUACAAGUUCUUCUUGUGUUUCAUCAUAAGUACUGCAAUACUUUGCGUGUAUGGGACACUUGUGAUGGCAGUUGUGUUUGGUUAUAUUGUACUCUCAAAAGGCCUGAUCACCAUGAAUUAUGAGGCCUCUGAUGGAAAGCGUUAUCCUGUAGGAAUCAGAUUUUUAACCCAGGUAAUUCAUAUUAAAAUUGGAUAAUUUACAUUGUCAUACAAGAUCCACUGCAUACCCCUCUAAAUUAUAUCAUGAACAGAACUUCAUGAUGAAGAGUAGAUGAUAAAUAAAUCUUGUGCCUGAGGCCAACUUGCAUAGCUGUUGGAACUUAUUCUGGCCUCUAUAGCAUGAAACAACUGGGAGUAAUAUUUCAUCUGAGGGAUUGGCCCCUAACAGGGUAUUCCCCUGCAUUUUGUCAGCCUUUCCCUACAGUUCAACCCUACUCAUUUAUACCCUUGGGGACACCUUUAGGUAGAAUGCAUCCCAUCACCAUCAGCCACUAGAAAUUCAUCAAAUUUCCCUGCAUACCAAUUUUCUGCUACCAUUAAUAAUCUUGGGUGGAGAGAGGCACUGUGGGAGAAGAACAGUUUCUUGCCUGAAAACACAACACAAUGACUCAGCCAGGGCUCUAACCCAGACCUCUCAAAUCGCCGUCCAGCAUAUCUACCAGUAGGACACUUGAGUAUGCAUUUCGAGUGACAUAAAACCAAAACCAAUCAUAACAGCCAAUCAGAACAUAGGAAAAUAACACGAGCAGAAAAUGAGACCUCGGGGUAAAAACAAGGAAACUACCCGAAGCGCCAAGCCACGAAAUGACCUUAGUGCCAGAUCUGAUUGGCUGAGAAAGUGGCGCGUGUUUUCUAGACCAAUUACAAAGCGAAUUAAAGCAAAACCAGAGCAACCCUGAAUAACUUUCGUCAAUCUCUUGGAAAUUUUUGCAACGACAGAAAUUGCUGCAGCAGUAACUCCUUUUAUCUUUUCCUUGCAGUAUUUGCUGGUUCGGCAACCCUUGCUGGCAAUACUAUUCCUUGUUGUUUUGUUCUUUGGUGUGGCCAUGACAGGAUUCUUCUUAUUUCAUUUCUACCUUGUUCUUACAAAUCAGACCACGAAUGAAUUUUACAAACGUCAUUAUUAUGGUAAAUCCCACCCAAAGUUAUCUCGGCAGUCAAAAAUCGUCUCGUCUCAGACUGAGAAAACAAUGAUACGAACGACGAGACGAAGGACUUUAACCCGUAACAAAGAAACCUCGUCAAGAACUUCGACUAAUGAUGUAGUAGCUACAGAAAAAUUGCCAUCUCCGAGGACUAGUACACCAUAUUACAUUGGAAUUUGGAGAAAUAUUACAGAAGUAAUGCGCGUGUGAUUGAGGAAAAAAAGAAAGAUUUGGGAGAGAUUGUGAGAUGGAUGUUUUAGCGCUGCCAGGAGAGGGCGCAUUAAUGCAACUUGCAUGUGUUCAUUGUAGAUUUCUGCAGCGUUUACUUUCAUUUUGUUCGAUGAAAAAUAUCUUUUUGGACACUAAUAUUUUGAAGGAAAAGAAGUUUGAUCGAGGAAGUUUGGUAUUCUUAAUUGCAUUUCAACCCAUUAAAAAAAGUUACAAUA